GUUUCGAUGGUUCCAUCCCCCGGUGGAUCGCGCUUCAUCAUCAGGUGAUGGUGACGGUUCCGAUUCGCUGGCGGGAGCCCAUCGAUCCGAGUCGAACAAGCCAGAAUAAAACCUGUACGACAAAAGGUUCUAAAACGGUUUUUCUUCUCUUUUUUCUUUCCCUUUUUUUCCCUAAAGAUUCGCCUUCAGCGCAGUCGAGCAGCGGCAAUCAUUUAAUUAAUGGCAAUAUUAAUGAAAAUGAUGAACAAAAUGCUACCACGCGCUCGCUAUCGCCGGCGUCGUCAUCGGCGUCGUCUUCGGCCUUCAGCGUCAGCGUCGUGAGCGAUGGCAAAGCGACCAGCAGCGAUACUGGCAGUUGUUCGGGUAGUAGUAGUGGAAUCAAUAGCAUUGGCAGUGGGGACAAUAUCAGCUGCAGCAGCAGUAGCAGUAGUAGUGGUGGCAGUACCCGUGGUGAAGAAUCACCGAAUGGUCAAGGUGCCAGCAAAAAGCAGCGCCGAUACACUAAAAAGAAGCAACAGUAUAAAAAACCGACCGCCGGUAACGGGGCGACCACGAGCAGCAUCGGUCAUGCGGCAAACGGUGGCCACAAGUCGCAGCCUAGUUUGCGCCCGUCGUCACCAUCGGCCAGUGACGAUUCUACCAACACGCUGCAAGAUGAUCACCUCACGCAAGCGACCUACUACUAUGGUUCGAUAUCACCACCCUCUAGCACAUCAACGAAAGUUAUUCCAUCACUGCCGCCGGUCGGCCACAACGAUCAACAGGUUUUGAAUGGUUCAAAACUCCCAUCAUCCUCAUCUCUAUCUUCUUCACCUUCGUCGUCGUCAUCUUCUCAGACCUCCGCCGCCAUCAAGAUGAACAAAAACACGAGCUACCAAGGUCGCCUGGAUUUCAGCAGCCGCACAGGUAUCGCGCAGCAACGGGCCGACAAAAAAUACCACCAAGGAAAUACUGGCAUCGGUGGUCAUCAUGCGAGCUCAUCCGUUACCGCCAACGCCGCCGCUGCCGCCGCCGCCGGCGGUGUAACAAAAAAUGCGGCAAACACUUCACCGCUCCGACAGUACGUGAAGCUGAAUCUAAGCGAGAACGAUCUCGUCAAGUACCUGCGCAAGUACGUGCUCGAUAAGGACGUGAUGAAACAGCUCGGAUUCCCGGUCGAGUACGGCCUGGACAUGGAUAAAGCAAUAAUCUAUAAAUUUCCGCACGACUUCUUCCGUCCCGCGCAAUUCCUACAGCAACAGACGACGACAACGACGACGACGACGAGCGCGGCCGGGGAAGAGAAGAAACGUGCCCACCAUGAGCGGAUAGUAGUGGCGGCAAGCGACAAAAGUGACGAUAACGACAGUGGCCAAGGCAGUGGCACAUCCUCACCGACCAAUGUCGACGACAAUGACGCACUGCUCAUGUAUCGACUUUCGUCGCAGACGACGUCACUUCAGUCGCCACUUGGCGACAUGCAACUGCAGCCGAGUGAAGAGCGUGAGUGCUGUCGCUGUGGGAAAGGAUUCUUCAUCACACUUGAUGGGGAGUAUCUGACGCAAGAGCACUGCAUUUAUCACUGGGGCCGAUUGACGAGGGUUUACAGCGGUUCAGAGUUCAAGAAGAUGUACUCGUGCUGCAAUGGAGAUUCCGACGUCAAGGGAUGCACCAUUAACAAACUGCACGUAUGGACGGGGCUGUUGUCGGGCUUCAACGGCCCAUUCGAUGGGUUCGUGAAAACCGAGCCUUCGCCGAGAAAGCUGAAGAAGUUCGAGAAAAUGCUAAUGAACAAAUUUUACUACCAGAAUAACAUGAAUGUCGACUGCUUGGAACUGCAACCCGAGGACACACUGGAGGACGACGAGAGCGAAGGCGUUUUUGCCCUCGAUUGCGAAAUGUCCUACACUGGCCGGGGUCUUGAACUGACCAAGGUGACCGUGGUCGCCGUUGAUGGUAGUCUAGUCUACGAGAAGCUCGUCAAACCAGACAUCGAAAUUGUCGACUAUAAUACUCGCUAUUCGGGCGUAACCGAGGCGGACUUUUCCGACCCGCGCAACUACGCCACCCUGAAGCAAGUGCAGAAAGAUCUCCUCCGUUUCAUCUACGACGACACGAUCCUGAUCGGGCAUUCCAUCGAAAACGAUCUGAAAGUAUUAAAAAUCAUCCACAAGACUGUGAUCGAUACGUCCAUAACGUUUCCCCACAUGAACGGCUUCCCGUUCCGGCAGUCGCUCAAGGCGCUCACCAAGAACAUCCUGAAGCGCGACAUCCAGAUGCAGACGCAGACUGGAGGAAGCUUCGUUGCACAAUCCCAUCACCAGCAGCAUCAUCAUCAUCACCAUCAUCACAUCAGUGCUGAGCUGACGGAUUGCGACAGCAGUUGCAGUAGCAACAGCAGCAGCAGUAGUAGUAAUAGUAGUGCUAGUAGCAAUAGUAGUAACUCAUUUGGUCACUGUUCCCUUGAGGACAGCCGGGCCAGCCUAGAACUUAUGCUUUGGCGCGUACGCAAGGACAAAGCAGCCUAUGACAAUAUGUGGAGUAACAACCUCAGUUGUUAUCGAAUGCAGAAUUAAUUAAAAAGGAAAAUUGCUGUGAUUAUAUAUAUAUGUAUACUUUUUUAAUUUAUUAAUUUUAAACCGUCCGUCUCGUGCGGCACAUCACGAGUAACACCUGUUGUAGAUGGUUACUUAAUUGUGUGAUGAAUAAAAGAUACUGAAUAGGGAUCUAUUUUUUCACUUAA